GUCCCUUGCGACGCCUAUGCAUAGCAACAAAGUAUAGUCGAUCAAACUCCGAGCCGCGCAGGAUGUUUAUUGCUAUAUAAGCAUAAACAUGCUGAGCCGUUGGAGUGCGAUAAACUGACCAAGCUGCUGACGCAGCGAUAAGGGUCACGUAUCCAUUGCCCGCGAUACUUACCAAAAAGAGCACAAUAAAUAUUCUAGUUUGUACCACCAACAAGAGCACAUCGUCGUGAUUAAUUCGAAUGUCCCCAACUCAUUGAGCGUGAUAUUGCAUGGCGAUCUUCUGCCAGUUCGAACAAUUAAGUAGUAAACUCAGUGCACUUAUUCGUCGCGGUUCAUAUCCAAGCUGAAAAGUGAAAAGUGAAGUGCUGAAAUAUGGGAUGGUUUAGCGCUGACGAAGUGAUAGCGCCAACCAUUUCCAACGCUCCAGAGAAAAGCGACACUGUUCAAACUGUUGCUCUUUGUAUUUUGGCCGCAGUUGCAGCUUGUUAUGUUGGAGUAAAAGUAUUGUUGAAGCUCCACAAACAUCACACCGAGCGGUUGGCUGAGCGUGCCGCGAGACGAGUUGUAGUGCCUGUUUAAACUAUUAAGUGAACAAACUAUUGAAGACCAUAGAAACAGUCAAUUCUAUAAUUGCGUUAACAACGAACUAUCUCACAAGUACGUGAAAUUUACGAGAUCAAGGAGAAUUGUGUCGAUGUGUGCCGGAAAAAUGUGCAACAGCAGCAGCCCCACCAGCAGCAAACACCAAAAGUAGAGGAAAAUACGGUGCGGAACGACAAUGGGAUGGAUGAACGACGAACGCAUGGAUGAGCCACAAACCUACUGACGAAAGACAAAUGGAUGGAUGACGAAACGGAAACAGGGAAGUAAAGUUAUAAUUAACAAAAAAUAAUAAGAAGAAGAAGAUGUGUACUUAGACAACUUUUAAAAUUAUUUUAGGAAGCCCAGAGUGUAUAACCAGGAAACUAAAAGGAUGAAUAAAAGCGGAAAACAGCAAUUUGUACAAGGAUCACGUUUUUAUGAUAAUAAAUUACAAAUAAAACCACAGCAACAUGGCUUCACAACCGGACACAAAUGUUGCCGCCCUUUGUCGCAUCUGCAUCCGCGACGUAAGUGAUGUACCAGCCGUAAAUAUUUUCGAGCCCUCUAGUAAAGAUCCCAGCAUCUACAGUAAGCUUAGCAUAAUCUGUUCCAAGGUGUUUGCCUCUGAGCCCGAGCCGAAACCACUAGCCCAGGAGGAACAAGCGAAAGAAAAAGGUCUACCGGUGAGCGUGUGCCCAGAAUGCAAAUCUAAAAUCGAUCAGGCUUUUGACCUUCACGAGCUGUGCAUCGAGAGCGACCGGAAGCUCUGGGAAAUGCUGACGGACCCUGUCGGUGUAGUAAUCAAGCACGAAUUGGGCGAUGUGAUUCUGCCUGAGAAAAUUCAGCAACUGCCCGAAGUGUUCACAGAAUGUCUUAGUGAGCUACCGCUGAAUGUACAGCAUGGAGCUGCUAAAGAGGACCCUAAAAAAUGUAAGGCCAAAACGAAAGGGCGUCGGCAGUUCCGGUGCGAAAAAUGUACGGCCACGACAGAUCGGGCGUUUGGUCUGUAUAAACACAUGAGGCUUAAACAUCCCAAAGAAGCCCUUGUAUGCUAUUAUAGAAAGUGCCAUCAGGUUUUCUUCGACGAGGUUAAGUUCCAAGAACAUAGGAAAACCCACACUGUCGUCAAGCCGAACGAGCCUCAACCGUGUCCAAACUGUGGAAAGUUAUUCAAAUCGCUAGAUGGUAUCAAAGCACAUGCGGAUCAAUGCGCAGGAAACACGCCUUUUCUGUGUACUGAAUGUGGCAAAGCUUAUUCCUAUGCGGCCAGCUUGCGCCAGCAUGUUAUGCGACACAAGGAAAAAUCUUUCGAAUGUGAUCAGUGUCCUGUGAAGUUUCAUACGAAUAUCAGCCUGAAGAAACACAUGCUAACGCACACGAAGGAACGGAAAUUUAGCUGCGACACUUGCGGAUCUCGGUUUACAAUGAAGCACACGCUGCUGAAGCAUAUUCAGUUGCAUACGGGUGUUCGACCAUUUUCAUGUGAUUUAUGCAGUUUAAGAUUCACAAACUCGGGCCAUUUACAGCGGCACAUGCGUACUCACACAGGAGAAAAACCAUACAAAUGUCCACACUGUGAUCGUGCCUUUGCUCAAACUGGCGAUCUGGCCAAACACAGCAAGACCCACUUCGGGGCAAAUCCAUACAAGUGUGACCAGUGCGAUGAGGCAUUCCGUUUGAUGACUGACUUACGGAAUCACUACCGACUGCACUAUCAAGCGAGCGAUAAAGAAAAACCGGAUCGACCAGAAACGUUCGAUUUUACUAUUGUUAGCACAUUGAGAAGGCGUGCUGAACAGGAGAAGCACUCAGGGAGUCGGAAAGUGGAUCAACCGCUUGAUAAACGAAGAAGAGAGGUUGGAAUGGUGCAAACAAUUCUGGCGGAUUUGUCGGAAUUUCCGACGUCGGUGGCAAAUAAACAGUGAUAUAGCCUGA